GCCUGUCACUCUGCGGUUCCGCGUCUAAGGUUGUAUGAGUAGAGAAAGUAAUGAAGAUGGAAGGAGCUGAUGCUGAUGAAUUAUUGAGGAGAUUCAUGGAGUAGCGGAGUGAUAGCAGUGUACUCGUCUCGCCGGAACGAUAAGAGGACAUCGAUACCACGGAAUUGACCGAUAGCAUGCCCGUUUACCAAAGCGUAGGCCAUGUGAAAUAGGAAAUGAGGUAAUCAGCGAGGAGUGGUGUGUUUGGGUGUCCCCUUGAUUCAUUCUCGCUUGGACUCGCUUCAGUUCUCCACCAGCCUCCACAGAAAGGACAGUCAAGCACACUCUCGAUAAGGAUUAAGAAUCCAAACCUAAAGGAUACCUGCUUGUGCUGUAAGAAGUCUCUAUAAGGAGGAGUUGGAUGUAGAGGUAACCCCACUGCAGAUGAGGGAACAUGUUGGCUAUGGACGAAGGAGUGGUGGAGGAUUGGCUGUCAGAAUUUAAGACCCUCCCUGACAGUGCGGUUUCCUCCUAUGCUGCCACACUAAAAGACAAAGGUGCCCUGGUCCCUGCACUCUACAAGGUCAUCCGAGAGAACUACAGCGAUUUGCUGGAGCCAGUGUGUCACCAGUUGUUUGAGUUCUACCGGAGCGGUGAGCCGCAGCUGCAGCGCUUCUCGCUCCAGUUCCUGCCAGAGCUCCUGUGGAGCCUCCUGUCCGUCAGCGCAGCCAGAGACCCUCACACGUCGGGCUGCAUCGAGGCGCUGCUGCUGGGCAUUUACAACCUGGAAAUAGUUGAUAAAGAUGGACAAAGUAAAGUAUUAUCUUUUACCGUCCCUUCCCUCUCCAAACCAUCAGUGUACCAUGAGCCCUCAGCCAUCGGCUCCAUUGCCCUCACAGAAGGGGCACUAGCCAACCACGGGCUGAGCAGGGUGGUGUACAGCGGGCCGCACCUCCAGAGGGAGACCUUUACGGCACAGAACCGAUUUGACGUGCUGACCUUCCUGCUGCUGUGCUACAACGCUGCUCUCAGCUACAUGACCUCCACCUCCCUCCAGUCCCUCUGCCAGCUCAGCUCCAGGGUGUGUAUAUGCGGCUACCCGCGGCAACAGAUCCGGCGCUACAAAGGCAUAAGCACGCGGCUGACGGUCACGUCAGAGUUCCUGGUUCAGCUCAUCACGGGGAUACACUACGCCCUGUGUAACGGGGAGGUUGAACUGGGAUCCAAAGCAUUGGAUGACGUUCUCUAUCGGGCCCAGCUGGAAUUGUUCCCUGAAGCUUUAUUGGUUGGCAAUGCCAUCAAGUCAUCGCUGCACGGCGCCGCGCUGAAGAGCAACAACAAGGAGGGUGCGCGGAGUAUCCAGGUGGAGAUCACACCCACCUCCUCCAGGAUCUCCCGGAACGCUGUCACCUCCCUCUCUAUCAGGGGACACCGCUGGAAGAGACACGACGCGGUGGAUCUGGGUUCCCCGGAUGAGCUGAUGGAUAUCUCGGAGUUGGAUGAGGGGGUGUGGCCCGGCAGGGUGGGGCCGGACAUUACCCCACCCACCAUCACAAUUAGCAACAGUGUCACCACGUUGAACCUGGGGGCCAAGGCCAUGAAGAAGUGUCGGCUCGGCGGGCGCACCAGCAAGGACAAGGAAGCGGGCCCUCUGACAAUAAGCCGGGCCGCCAGCGAGUGCGCAGAGCUGUCCGUCAAGCGGCUGACGCUCACCUCCAGCCAAUCGGUGCCCAAGGCCGGAGCUCUCACCAGCCUGACGCGCACCGCCAGCGCCGUCUUCUCGCGUUCCUUCGAGCAGGUGGUUAGCAACAACGCCCCUCCCACCAGCAACCACGUCGCCUCCGAAGUUGCCCGCUAUUCAUGCAGCCUGCAGGAGGAUGGACUGGGCUACUUGAGCCCGGCGCCGAACCACACGCAGCGCUCUCCGACCAUCACCGUGCGCCUUGGCGCUGACCUUUGAACCCUUUUUGCGACGACCCCGAACCCUCUCCUCUCAGACCCUGUACCUGUGACCCGGAACUCCAAGCCAUGCCAACUGCAGCAGGACAAAAACACCUACAGACACACACAACUCUCGCCGCUAACUUUUUAACAUGUGAUUGUGCUGUAAAGCCGCACUGCUCCCCCCCCCCCAGCAGAGGCUCCUCCGGGCCCGAUGGAGGCGGAAUGACGCUUCCGGCUCCACUGCCAGUUGUGCACCGCUCGUCGUGCCAGAAAAUAAAAAUUGCAGAGCUGCCUGUCUGUAAAGGGGGGCACUUGAAACGUAUUACUAGAAAAAGAAAAAAAAAAGAGAGAGAGCGACCGUGUGGGAAAGUAUCUUAAUUGGCAUUUGUUUGCCCUGCAUGGCUUUCCAUACAUCCAUCCUGACCGUGGCCAGGUUUCUCACAGGGCAGAUGUUGAGCGUGUGUAAGCAUGCUCGAGUCUAUGUACAAUUAUUUAUUUUUUUUUAGAAUAAAGGCUGCUAAUUGAUACAAUGAACAAGGUAUGAUUCUCCAAGUUGAAGCAACGUUCAACUAAUUUAGAAAAAAAAACAUUGAUCUUUUCCCAUAGCAAUACAAAUCUCCCCUAUUCAGUGUUUUUUGUCAACAGUUACAGUUGAGCUUUUUUUAAUUUUUUUUUAUAUGUAUAUAAAGAGAAUCUGCAUUCUUCCUCAAACCAUCAGGAAAAAAAUGACCACUCCAUAAUAAACUAGUAUGCUCAGAAUACCUUUUUGUUUACAAUCGCACGGUAUUGUCAUUGUGAUGGAAAAGCAAUAUUUGUCCUUUCCUCUCGCUCUUUCAGUACCUUCCUGAAUUUCAAUUUCAAAAAUAUAACUCCAACUUCGACGAAUAUGAUUUUUGGGGGGAAUGAUGGGUGUGAUUUGAUUUAAGCUUUGCAUUUUGCACUUGAAAGAGCAAAAAAAGUUGUUCCAACGUUGGUAUUUUCUUAUGAUGAACAAGAGAGGUCAGACUCUCAACUGUGGUAUUUUCCUGUGAGACAUGUGAUUUGUUGUCCCUACACGAAGCCACCUACUUCUGCAGAAUUGAAAGAAUCUGAUGCCCCUGAUUUAAAGAUGAAAAAAAGUGAACCACAACUAUAACCAAAUCUAUUCCUGUGGGACAUUGUUUGGGUGCAAUGAGGCGUCUGUUCUUUGUUUCUGUGAUCCAUCCACCACUCCAGCUGUUUGUAGUACUUUGGUGAUGUGUUUCCCGUGUCCCUCAUUCUUGUUCGCAUCUUUAUCAUCACGUCACAAGACGCGGUGAGAUUCUCUUGUACCAAAAAUGGAAUUAAACUCCACCCAUCUGCUACGUUUGGUUUCCUAAAUCAAGCUACCCCCACCCUCAAGCAAAACGUACUCGGUUGUCAGUGUGCUCCAGCUGUCGAAGACCCAUAGCUUGGUGGGACGAUAACAAUCAUCAUGUUUCUGUAUGUGAGUUUACAGAAUGUGUUAAUUGGAAGCUCUUGUUGUACAUCAAACUGUUGUACUUAAGUUGAUUUAUAUUGGCCUUUCUAUGUCUGAAGAUAACUCAUUGCUACAACAUCUCGAAAUAAAGUGUUUCUAUAUUUCACAAA